UCUGCGCUGCGCGUCGUUCCGCACGCACCAUGACUUUAUUGACGUGGGGCUUGCACUCACUGAGUGGACUUACGAGGUCAGACGAACUGGACACAAAUGACGCUAUUCACUUUGUUCGCUCCAAAAAUGAAAUUAAGUCUGUGACAGUUGGCAAGAUGAUUACUGCGUUUUUACGCGGUGAUGGCAAACUGUCAAUCAUACGAAUGCAGGAACUCGAUGAUGGAAGUACUAGACCAGGAAAGCUGAAAAACUUCAAUGACUUCAAAGAGAUGUUUGACCAUGUAUCUUGUGGGGAACGCACUGCUGUUUUGAUCGCUCGGGGAGGAAGAAUGAUCUCGUUGGAUAUCAACAAUAAGCUGAGUCCUCUUGCGAUGCCACACAAUAAACACAUUGCUCAGGUCGUGUGUGGAAAUCACCAUUCAUUGGCUCUUUGUACAGAUGGCCAGUUAUUCACGUGGGGGCACAACUCCAAUGGUCAGCUGGGCCUGGGUAAGGGGAAGCCCAGCACGCUGUCCCCCCAGCCCCUCAACUCUCUGGCGGGCAUCCCCCUGUCUCAGAUCAGCGCUGGAGGGGACCACAGCUUCGCUCUCUCCCUCUCAGGAGCCGUCUUUGGCUGGGGCAAGAACUCCGCUGGGCAGCUUGGACUGGGCAACAAAAAUGACGUCCCUGAACCGGUCCAAGUAACAAGUCUGAACUGCAAGAAGACUGUCCACAUCUCCUGUGGAGAUGAGCAUACAGCAGUUCUUACCAAGGAUGGCUUAGUGUUUACGUGUGGAUCAGGCCGCUAUGGGCAGCUGGGCCACAACUCCCUCCGAGAUGAGCUGCGGCCACGGCUGGUGGCUGAACUUUGGGGUGCAAAGGUCUCCCAGGUUGCCUGUGGCAGGCACCAUACAUUAGCAGUGGUAGGACACACCAAUUCCAUCCUCACAUUUGGGCGUGGUGAGCAGGGGCAGCUUGGAUAUGGACUGGGGUCAACCUGUUCUGUCCCUCAGUAUGUCUCUUUUCCCCCAGAGCACACUGAAUUAUUUGGGAAAGUUAUUGCUGGAGGGGAUUGUUCCUUUGCCUUCUGCCACGCUAAGUCAAGCCCAAUUAAAUCUCAUCAUCUUUGGGAAAGCAAAUGUUUGCUGACAUUAGAUGAGCAAAUAGUUACAAGAUGGACCUCUGAAACUAAUUUGCAGACAUGGAAGAAAAUCAUGAAGGAAAUAAGGAAUGUAUUUUCGUCCGCAUCAUGCAUAAAUGGAAGCUUUGUGGAAAAAAGCUUUGACAAACAUUUCCUGACCAAUAAGGACAGUUCUGGCCUGGACUUGUCCAUUGCACGCCUGGCUUUCGAAAAACUGGGGGGAAAGCAAGAUGUCUUGACUGAAGUGGAGCGGGUGGUGUGUCAGGAUCUGCUUCCGUCUCUGAGCUCCAGGCCAGCAGGUGUGGAGGGCCUCAGGGUUUACCUCAUCCUCCCUGAACUGCUCAGGGUGCUGCUCAAACAGCAGCAGGGGACACAGCUCGCCGUCUCAUUGGCCGAGGCCAUUCUCAGGCUUCAUCCUGAUUCGCUCAAGGCUCUUGAGAGGCUUUGGUCCAAACUUCCUGGGUCAUACCUUAGAACACUGCUGAAGGUGUUCCGAAAAGUGGCAGGAAAAGUUUUUGAAGACGGGGUAAAACAAGCCCAGAGCAACAUACUGGCAUUACAACCAACAGUAACUGUCUUACAGCGGGUCUAUGAGACAGUGCGCAGAGGAAAGAGAAGAAUUGAAGAUCAGUGUUUCCGUGUCAAGGAAUUUAGCUCUCUCGGCAAAGAGUUGACAGACAGAUGGGUUGCUUGCCAAGCUCAUCUUAUGUUACCAUGGUGGCAACAUGAACUUGUCUCAGUACAGAACAUGAUGGCUUCAUAUCUGAACAAUAUGCUUCGCUUGAUGUCCAGCCCAUGCAUUUUUAAUAUUAAGGACAAGCAAACUCUUUUAGACUUUCGUCCUCAAUAUAUGAGCGCAAAUGAAUCGUGCUUUGUGCUUAAUCUGAGACGCACACAUCUCCUGGAAGAUGCCCUCAGUCAGUUAAAACUAGCAAAUUCACGUGACCUGAGGAAAUUUUUGGGGGUUCAGUUCAUGGAGAAAGACAUGCAACCGAAGAUAUCGGAUGUCGACAAGAGGGACUUCUUCUUAAAUGUGUUUAGAGAACUGUACAGCUCAAACAUGUUUACACAAAACGACCAAGAAACAUUGGUCUGGUUCCCUUCUGAGCCCACAGUUCAGUUGGAGAUGUAUUUCCUGUUCGGUGUCCUCUGCGGCCUGGCUUUGUACAAUAAGAGCCUGGUGCACCUGCCCUUUCCAUCUGCUCUAUUCCGGAAGCUCCUAAAUAUUCCACCAACCCUGGAGGAUCUGGCUGAAAUACACUCAUCUGUUGCCAAGAGUCUUCAGCAUGUUUUGGAAGAUGAGGAUGUGGAAGAUUCGGAGCUUGUCUUCUCUAUAAUCUGGGAUAACAAAGAGGUCGAGCUAGAUCCUCAGGAAGCUGGAAAACCUGUCACCAAUUCUAACAAGAAGCAGUUUGUGCAGGCUUACGUGGACUAUGCGUUAAGCAAGUCAGUGGAGGAGGUGUUUGAGGAGUUCAAGAGGGGUUUCUUCAAAGUGUGUGCCAGAGACACAGUGGAGAUGUUCCACCCCGAGGAACUCCAGGAGAUGUUGGUGGGCAGAGAGGACUAUGACUGGGACAUACUCAGACAGAAUGCACAGUACGAGUAUGGAUUCAAUGAAAGUCACCCAACUAUGGUUUUGUUCUGGGAGGUGUUCAACGAGCUCUCUGAGGAUGACAAAAUAGCAUUUCUCUUGUUCUUGACAGGCUUUGACCGGGUGCCUAUAUUGGGUAUGAAGCAGAUUAGGAUGCGAGUGCAGGUCCUUCCAGAUUCCUCGCCAGAUCACCUCCCAGAAGCUCUGACGUGCCAUUCCCUGCUAAUGCUUCACCCUUACGAGUGCAAGGACACUCUGCGAUCCAGGCUCCUUGAUGCUCUGCACCACAAAAGAGGCUUUUGGGAGGACUGACACCCACAAAUUCCAACUCGCACUUCCCUGACUAGCUUUCAUUAAUGCACUUUAAGUUUUAACUAAAGAUAAGGAACUGAAAACGUACAGAAGUUGGGCUUAUAAUAACAAUGAAGUAAACAGACUUGAAGUAGAAGUAGAAAUAUUGUUUGAAAUGCAAAUACAACACUAGUAGUAUGAUGUUAUGUUACAUGGCUGCAACUAAUAUCCUACUACUGGCGUUACAUUUACAUAUGUAACAGUAUGUCUACAAAGUACUUUGUACAUCUCAGGAAUUAAGCAUAUUAAGUUUAGAUACUAUAUAAUGUGACUAAAAAUUAAAUGGUGAGCAGUUAUGUUUUCCGACUUGCCCUUUUAUCUAUAUCUAUAAUCUUACAUCUUUAUCUACAAACCCCAACUCCGGUGAAGUUGGAACGUUUGGUAAACAGUGAAUAAAAUCAAAAUGCUAUCAUUUUCAAAACAUUCAAUCUAUUCAUUAG